GAAGAAGAUGAUGAGGAGGAAGGGAGACAUUAAUACCAGGAAGCCAAUAUUGUUUUCUUCAAUUCUCUGCCGACAAUCAAAAGCCAGAGCUCCUCAAUCUCAUCGAGCGGAGAAAAAUAGGCCAGGGCGCGGCCGGAAUUGUGAAAAAGAAAAUUAAAAAGACGAAAUAUAAUCUUUGAUAGAUAGAUGUUCCCAAUUAGGUAAGGUUUAUUAUGAUAUCGAUGAGCCGGCCGGAGGUUGUUUGUUAAAUGCUGCAUGCGUUGAGAGUGGUCGGGCAUGGGGAACGUGACGUCAAACGUGGCUGCAAAGUUUGCAUUUUUCCCACCAGACCCACCCACGUACGAGGUGUUCAAAGACGAGGCGGAAGGGAGGCUGUGUUUCAGCGGGCUGUCGGCCGACAAGGAUGUGGACGUGCAUUUGCUGAAUACUCAGGCGGGCAACAAGAUUGUCGCAACCUUCUGGAGACACCCUUUUGCCAGAUUCACCAUUUUAUACUCUCAUGGCAAUGCUGCGGAUUUGGGCCAGAUGAUGGAGCUUUUCAUUGAGCUCAGAGCUCACCUCCGUGUCAAUAUCAUGAGCUAUGAUUAUUCUGGGUAUGGAAGAUCUUGUGGAAAGCCAACCGAGUUGAACACAUACUAUGACAUAGAAGCUGUCCUAAGUUGUUUGAAGAGUGAAUACGAAAUCAAGACUGAGGACAUGAUUCUAUAUGGGCAGUCUGUGGGAAGUGGGCCCACAUUACACUUAGCAUCUUGUUUGCAGAGGUUGAGAGCAGUUGUUCUUCACAGUGCUAUACUUUCUGGAAUUAGAGUCCUAUUCCCAGUCAAGACCACAUUGUGGUUCGACAUUUUCAAAAAUAUAGACAAGAUCCGGCAAGUCAGCUGCCCAGUUUUAGUAAUCCAUGGUACAGCUGAUGAAGUGGUGGAUUUCUCGCAUGGGAAGCGAUUGUGGGAGCUGUCGAAAGAGAAAUUUGAUCCACUGUGGAUACAAGAUGGAGGGCACUGCAACCUGGAGACCUUCCCUGAGUACAUCAUACACCUCAGGAAAUUCAUAAAUGCAAUGGAAAAGCAUUCUGUGUCGAAGCGAUGCCAGGCCGAGCUUACUCAAUCCCUCAGUAUAACUGAAGCCAAACGCACCAACAGAUGUUGGUUAAUCAGAUUCGGGAAAAGAUAAAUUAAACCCCUACCUUUGCUCUGAACUCUGAUCUCAUGAUCCAUACAAGCUAA